CUUGCGCUUCCUUCAUACUAAAACGUGCUCAGUGUGAUCUUGGUUGAUCAGCUUUAGCUGGCAUUUCUUUUAGCGUCAUUUAAUCGUACAUGUGCCAAUGAAUAAUGUUAGGUCUCUGCAUGGGUUGGGGCGCAGGUCUUUGGAAAGGGAAUGGCUUUUGAACAGUCUGUCUGCCAAAAUGCGACACCCAUGUGACGUUUGUUCAGUUGUGACGCUGGGGAGAGCUUAUGCCACAUCUUCAAAGACUGAGACACCCGCUGCUGACCGAAAGGUCGUAUUGAAAGCAGCCGAUAUCGCGAAAAGACUUCGGAGUGAAAAAGAGAGACGGACAGAUUUCGAAAAUGAGGUUCCGGUGUCCCCUUUACAAAAGAGAGUGACUGAACUCAAACAGCUCACCCAGCAACUACAGACUGUGCACCCUAGUGUGCUUACAAAGGCACUUCACAGAAGCAUCCUUUAUCAAGACUCAAACCUAAUUGCUAUAAAUAAACCAUACGGCGUGCCUAUUCACACUGUAGAUGGCGUCAGAAACAGCAUUGCAGAGUGUCUGCCUUUGCUGGCUAAGAUAGUUGAUGGCAUGCAGACAGGAUCACAGUUGCAUCUCUGCCACCGUCUGGAAAAAGAAACUACUGGAGUUUUGAUCCUGGCUAAAACAGAGCAAGCAGCUGAACAUGUACAGACACUCAUCAGAUCACACCAAGUGGAAAGUAAAUAUUUGGCUGUCACUGUGGGCGUGCCUGUUCCGUCUGAAGGAGUGAUUGACAUUCCCAUUAUAGAGAGGGAGGUUACGGGACCUCAGCCACAUUUUAAGAUGGGUCUGAGCCCAUUGUUCAGAGUGAGUGAGGAAGGAGAUGGAGUCACAAGGGUGAGAUCUCACAGGCAGGCCCAAAGUGCAGUCACGCAGUAUCGAGUUCUGGACAGCACCGGUGGCUGCAGCUUGGUGGAACUGCAGCCUGUUACAGGAGUGAAAAACCAACUUCGAGUGCACAUGGCUCUUGCUUUGGCUUGCCCAAUUCUAGGAGACCAUAAAUAUUCUCACUGGAACAAACUGGCACCCCAGAUGCUGCCGGAGGGUACGCUGCGGCGGCUGGGUCUGGUGCAGAGUAAAACCCGAUACCUCCCUCUUCACCUACACUCCCGAAAGAUCACCCUGCCCGGGGUCAAAGGUCACAGCAACAUUACAAUGUCCUGUCCCCUUCCUAAAUACUUCACCAUCGCUUUGAAUAGACUACAGAUCCCACUACCAGGAAAGGAAUGAUAGAUGGAUCACACAUGCAUCAUACUUCAAUGUGUUACAGUUCAGUCGUUGUGAGAUUAAGAGGACUUGAUAGGACUUUGCAGGUCAUGAAAAUGUUUUGUGAUGUUCUUGUGCAGAUAAAAAAAAAAAAAAAAGCAUUGGGUACCGUAUUCUAAAUGUAUCUGAUCAAAAAAAUAAAUAAUAAAAGACCACUGAAUUUUUUUUGUGGGGGAAAAUGUCUUUUGCCAGCCCGAAAGCCUUAGUAAGACUUUACACUAUGAUUCUAUUUGUUAACACAAAUUCAUUAGGUAUCACGAUCUAACAACGAUCAAUAUUUUACAGCAGUUAAUGUUAAUAUAUAGUAUAGAAAUACAGUUGUUCAUUAUUAGCUGAAAAUUCAUUAAUGUAAAGAACUUUUACUUACAUGUAUUAGUAUAUGAAGAAAUUAAUUAUCCAAGAUUAAUAAGUUCUGUAAAGUAUUAUUCAUUGUUAGUUCAUGCUAACUAAUGUAGUUAACUCAUGUUAAUAAAUACAAUCUUAUUGUAGUGUUUUCUGUAAAGUGUGUUCUGACAUUCUGGAUUUGUGUAAUGGAUAUCAGAUGAAAUCAAGAUCUUCAUCCACAGAAACAUCUGGAGUCAGAAAAAACACCACUACGAGGAAUUCGCUGUACAAAAAGGCAUGUUUGAAAACACAGGCUUCAAUUGUCCAGCACCACUAUAAUAUCAAUAAGUAUCAGGUUACCACAGAUGCAUAUAUAUAUAUAUAUAUAUAUAUAUAAAAAU